AUGGAGGAAACCAGACAACACCCAACUGGAAAGCCCCCAAAGCUUUCGGAUGGAGAGCAAAACAUGGCUUCGAUCGAUAGGUUCAGCAGCUUGCCAGACGUCGUCAUAUGCCACAUUCUCUCUUUUCUUGAGACAAAGCUCUCAGUGGCAACCAGCGUUCUCGGAAAAAGAUGGAGGUUUCUAUGGGCUCAUGUACCCUGUUUGGACUUCCGUGAAGGCAAUUUCAGGAAAGAAGGACGAACCUCAGACAUCAUCCACAGGGUUUUAUUGCGGCACAAGGCAAAAAGAAUGGAUACUUUAAAACUCAAUCGCGUCAAGUGCAACGAAUAUCAACUGGAGACAUUGAUUACAACAGCCAUAGACCGUAGUAUCCGAAAUCUUUAUCUCAAUAUUCAUCUCGAAUUUGAGUUUGAUACAUUCCCUCGAUACCUCUUCAACUGCAAAACCAUUGUCGACUUGAAGCUUGAUUUCUAUGAAGCGUCACUCUCUGAUAUUGCCUAG